AUGCGCUUUCUCCUCGCUGCUCUCGGCCUCUUUGGCCUCGCCGCCGCCGCGGCCUCGGCCGUCUGCCCGGGCAACAACCACAACGACACCAUCAACAACCUGAGCACCGCCCGGGGCCUGAAGCUGCGGGUGCGGCUGCGCGAUCCCCGCGCAGACCUCGCCUCGCCCGUCCAGCACCAGUACAUCAGUUCGAUCCACGACGGCGCCGGCACGAACCUGGUUGGCUUUCGCGCCGACACUGGACGCAUCUUUUACGUCAACGGCACCGAUUCCGAUAAAGACACGUCUUGGAGCACCGUCUCCGACGGCGGCGCCCCGCCCGUGCCGUACGGCCUCUCACUGCACACACUCGACGACGACUGGGACGUGCAGGUCGCCCGUCUGGACGUCGGCCCCGGCGACGGCGGCGUCUACGUGCCGGCUGUCGGAGCCGCCGCCGCCGCCGCCGCCGCUCACCCGCAGCUGCGCCCGAUGGGGUGGCUGGCCUGCAACGAGCCGCUCGCGUACUAUGGCGGGAAGCGCUUCAACGUGCUGCGGCGGCGGGGUGGCGGAAGGGGGGCGAUGCUGCCCCUGCCCCCGGAGGAGUGCGUGGCGAUUGCGCUGCUGCCCGAGUGCGCGGAGCUCAAGGAACUGCCAGAGGGGGCGCUUGCGAGCCACGAGUUUGCGCGGGAGGUGAGCUGCUACAGGGAUGCCUCCAAGAUGUAA